AUGCUCAGAAACAUCACAAGAAGUUAUUCGAACAAGAUUCGUUCUGCGGUCAAAGUGCCUAACGAAUCGUAUAUUAAGGACAGAAAAGUAACGUUCGAUCGGAACUUUCCAGUGCAUAAGAGGACUAAGGCUUGGGAGAAAGAUGGAAUGGAUAAAGAUAAAUGGUUCAGGAAAAAUUACGCACAUGUUCAUGCAAGAGAAAAAAAUGCAAGGCUGAAUAACGGAGGAAGUGACCCAUUCGAUAAGAAGAAAAAGUAUUACGAUCGGAUCAAACAAGAAGAAUCGUCCAAAAGGGAACAGUUUAGAAGUCAUAGGUCAGAGUAUACUAAAAUGCACCCUUUACAAGGUUUAAAGCCUAACCCGUUGGUUGAUUACGUUUUUGGUACCAACAGUGUAAUUAGUGCCUUAACUGCGAAGAAGAGAGAAUAUUUCGUAAAGUUGCAUCAUUACGGACCAUUGAAUACACAGAUUCAAUCGUUGUGUUCGAAAAAUAAUAUUCAGACUGAAGAGGUAGAUAAACAUAGGCUUAAUCUAUACACUAAUUAUGCUGUGCAUAAUAAUGUGGUUCUCGAAUGUAAACCACUCCAGCCUCCUGAAUUAUCUCAUCUUGGGUUGGUAAACCAUGAAGCAUGUACAUUCGACAAGAGCGAAAUUGAUUAUGAUCAAGCAGUAAACACUAGAGAGAAGUUCAUGACUAAUGAUAAUAAGAAAAACCCACUGGGAAUAUACUUAGAUGAAGUUGUCGACCCUCAUAACGUCGGUGCCAUCAUCAGAAGUGCAUAUUUCUUAGGAGCGGAUUUUAUGGUUCUCUCACACAAGAAUUGUGCGCCAUUGUCUCCAGUGGUCUCAAAAGUCAGUAGUGGUACAAUGGAACUAUUACCUAUAUUUACCACCGCUAAACCCUUGCAGUUCUUUGAAAAAUCCAAACAGGAUGGAGGAUGGAUGUUUGUUACUUCACAUAUGAGCAUUUCACAGAAAGGAAAUCACUUAACAAUGAAUGAAUUAAGUGGCAUGCUGAACGAGCUACCAGUAGUUUUGGUUGUUGGUAAUGAAGGAAACGGUGUUAGAACAAACCUACUGAACAGAAGUGAUUUCACUGUAGAGAUUCCUUUUGGGAGAGACCCAACCGAGGGACGAAACACUAUUGACUCAUUGAACGUUAGUGUUGCUACUGCUCUACUAAUUAAUGGUUUCUUAAAUUGA